AACAAAACAGUGUUUGGCACAAAGGAAAAACAAAACCAUCAGCAGCCCAUAAUUUUCCCUCAUUAAUUUCCCUCAGUUUCAUUUCCUACGACCUUUGACCGCUCCAUAGGAAGAAGAAGAAAAACACACAAAGCAAAAACCUUACCAAAAACUCCUUGAAAACGCGUCCAGUGUUCCUUCCUCGAAACUCACGCCACUGGGAUCCAUCAACGCGCAAAAACAUUGUCUUUUUGCGUUUCCAUUGGUGGGUUUUCGUCUUCUUCGGCGACUCAGCAUCGAUCUUCUUCUGGGUGUGGGAAAAGCUCGGUGCUUUGUUUGGGAAGCACCGACACUGAGAAGAAGAGAGUGAUGGUGAAAGCAGAGACUGAGAAGAAGGGUCGUAGAACGCCAUGGCUUUGGGUGGUGCUUGCUCUCGUCGCAAUUUUUGUUGCAAUGGCUAUGUCUUCCAAAACUUCUCCCAGAAUAGCUCUCUUUGGAGCCAUUGACAGAGCGUGUCAAUGUGCACGGUGUACACCAAAGUACAGUGGUAUGGUGGAGGAUUGUUGUUGUGAUUAUGAAACUGUGGACCGUCUUAAUGAGGAUGUGUUGUACCCGUCCCUCCAAGAGCUUGUGAAAACGCCUUUCUUUCGAUAUUUUAAGGUUAAGUUAUGGUGUGACUGCCCAUUUUGGCCUGAUGAUGGUAUGUGCCGGUUGCGGGACUGUAGUGUGUGUGAAUGCCCAGAAAAUGAGUUCCCCGAAUCAUUUAAGAAGCCCCAUCGCCUUUCAAUGAAUGAUCUUGUUUGUCAAGAGGGAAAACCUCAGGCAGCUGUUGACCGUACUUUAGACAGUAAAGCUUUCAGAGGGUGGACAGAAAUAGACAAUCCAUGGACAAAUGACGAUGAGACUGAUAAUGAUGAGAUGACAUAUGUGAAUCUUCAACUGAAUCCUGAAAGAUAUACUGGUUACACUGGUCCAUCUGCAAGAAGGAUAUGGGAUGCUGUCUACACUGAAAACUGCCCCAAAUAUCCAUCUCAAGAGUUAUGCGAUGAGGAAAAGAUUUUGUAUAAAUUGAUAUCAGGUCUUCACUCCUCCAUUUCAAUACAUAUAGCUGCUGAUUAUCUACUUGAUGAAGCUACAAAUUUGUGGGGCCAAAAUAUCACUUUGAUGUAUGAUAGAGUCCUAAAAUACCCUGAUCGUGUCAGAAAUUUGUAUUUCACUUUUCUCUUUGUCCUGCGAGCAGUAACCAAGGCUUCAGAUUAUCUGGAACAGGCAGAGUAUGAUACAAGUAAUCCCAACGAGGACCUUACAACACAAUCCUUGAUAAAACAGCUCCUUUACAACCCCAAGCUUCAAGCUGCGUGUCCAAUUCCAUUUGAUGAAGCUAAGUUGUGGAAAGGCCAAAGUGGACCUGAGCUAAAACUGAAAAUUCAGCAACAAUUCAGAAACAUCAGUGCAUUAAUGGAUUGUGUAGGAUGUGAGAAGUGUCGAUUAUGGGGAAAGCUUCAGGUUCUUGGUCUUGGAACUGCAUUGAAGAUUCUUUUCUCUGUUGAUGGUCAAGAAAACUCGGGUCAAACACUGCAGCUGCAAAGGAAUGAAGUAAUUGCAUUGAUGAAUCUUCUCAAUCGACUUUCGGAAUCUGUCAAAUUCGUGCAUGAAAUGGGACCAACAGCUGAAAGAAUCAUGGAAGGACAUUUUUCUGCUCAUACAACUCUGAUUAAGUCAUGGAAAAAAAUUUGGUCCUAUGUACUUAGGACAUAGGCUGCAAUUGGUGACAGUAAUGAUUUUUAUGAUUCCAACUACUGAAGAGAUUAUUAGACUUAGGAAACCAUUGCCAUGGUUUGAAAAUUUUCCGAGAGAUGUGAAAGUAAUGUAUGUAAAAUGACUCUAAAUUGAAAAUAAAUUUUAUAAUAUUUGAAAGUAAUAGAAGAUAUGUUAUGGGAAUGGGAUGUAAUCCCAGAAUCCCCACUAAUUUUGUUGAACUUUUUGGUACAAUAUUUUGUUGUAAUUCAAUUAGCUAUCCCCUUGUUUUUAUUUUUAAUUACAAAAUUAUGUUGUUUU